UGAGCUCGGAGAGUGCGCAAUGCCCGGACAACACUGCAGACAUGGCGGAGAAAGAUUCCCGUUCCAGGAAAGAAACACGGCGUUAUUGUAAUUUCUGUUUAAUAGUGAGCGACGGAGAUCCAGAAGCAGAGAUUCUGAAGAAGAAUGACGAGCUGGUGUGUUUCAAAGACAUUUGCCCCGCUGCUCCUCACCACUACCUGGUUGUGCCCAGAGAGCACCUUGAGAGCUGUAAUACACUGCACAAAGGACACAUCGGACUUGUUAAAAGGAUGGCUGAACUGGGAAGAGAGGUUCUCCGAGAACAAGGAGUCACUGAUAUGACGGAUGUGAGGCUGGGCUUUCACAAACCCCCCUACACUUCAGUGCACCACCUCCACCUCCACGUCCUCGCCCCUAGCAGCCAAAUCCAUAAAAGCAUGUUGUAUAAAUUCAUUCCAGGAUCUGUUCGCUUUAUUACUGUAAGCUACCUCAUCAAGAAUCUAGAAGACUACAGAAACCACACAUGUACUUUAUAAGCUGCUUAUCAGUUCAACAACAAACCAGCAGUUCUUAACCGGACUUUAGGUCAUCGCACGGCACAAGAACAGAACCUCUGACUGAACGACCGUCACUGUGAAAAUGAUUUUAAAGUACUGUGUGAUGUUUACAGAGUUUAUGAUCCAUUAAAGAAUAUGCAAUGUGUACAUUCUGUGUGCAGAUAUGUACGUAUGAAUGAAUGUAUGUGUGUAGGCAAAAUAUAAAGUGAAACUUAUUUUAUGAUCAUUACAAAUGCAAUGCAUUCAUAUAUUUACAGUGAUCUGAUGAAUAUUCUUUUUAUAAUAAAUGGCUUUUCAGGUUCUUCAAAAUCAAAACAAAUGGGGAAAUAGAUUGACAUCAUGCUCUGCCAGUUUUAGCUGCUUUACAUUCUGUAGCUUCAGGUAAAUAUUUUACAAUGAUGUAUUUUACCAGUUUACUAUUACUGAUGUGUGUACAUGUAUUUAUACUUUAAAUGCAUUCAGUAAAAGAGAGUGGCACUUUGUUUCCUUCCACUUUAAAGGGAUACUUCAACAUUUUGGCAAAUU